AUCCCACUCUCUCCUAGGCUUAGGGUUUCGUUCCCGUUCGUCCCUUAAGGUUAGGGUUAGGGUUACAGUUUCUCCUUCGUCCUUCAGGGUUAGGUUUAAGGUUUUUCUAUCGCCGCCGAGAUGGCUACGGCGGACCUCGCUGAGGCCAUCAAAGCGAUCCCCUUGAAGAAGGAGGAGCUGCGAAAGGCCUUCGAAGCCCUCCAAUCCUUCUCCCCGGCCAUCGCCUCGUUUACCCUCAAAUGGAGGGACCUCGAAGACCACUUCUCCUCCAUCGAGAGAUCCAUCGAUCUUCGCCUUAAGGAGCUCGAAUCUAAGUCCAUCUCUGCCACCCCGUCCCCUCCGGCGGCUGCCGUGGUCAAGGCCGAGGCCAACGCCGAUGGCGAGGCCGAGGUUCUCUCUCGGCCGGAGCUCAGAUCCCUCUGUAUCAAGAUGGACGGCGUUGGGUUGAGGUCAUACAUCGUCGAGAACCGCAAGGAUCUCCCAAUGAUUAAGAACGCGCUCGACGCCGCCAUCCGGUUGGCUUCGGACCCGGCCAAGCUGGUCUUGGACGCCAUGGAUGGGUUCUACCGCCCGAAAUCGGAGGGGGAGAAGGAGGGGAAUCUCCAGGCGAUCAGGAGGACGUGCCUCAAUCUUUUGGAGCGCCUCCGGGUGGUGGCGCCGGAAAUCAAGCCUUCGGUUAGGGAAAAGGCGAAGGAACUGGCGGUGGAGUGGAAGGGGAAGAUCUUGGAUGGUGCAGAAAAUGUUCUAGCUUUUUUGCAGCUCGUGGCUUCGUACGGGUUGGCUUCGGAUUUCAAUAGGGAUGAGAUUUUGGAUCUCUUAAUUUCCGUAUCGAGAAGGAAGCAAGCUCUCGAUCUCUGUAAGAGUCUUGGAGUCAUGGAGAACAUGGCCGAUCUCAUUGGGGGCUUGAAUAGCAAGGGCAGACAACUUGAUGCUGUCAAAUUUAUCCAUGCUUUGAAUCUUAUGGAUAAAUACCCUCCAGUGCCUAUCUUGAAAGCCUACCUAAAAGAAUCCAAGAAGGCUGCUCAAGAAGUACGAAAGAAAGGAAAUAAUUCUAUUAAGUCACAGAAUGAGGCCAUUGUGAAAGAGCUGGCUGCUCUUAAGGCAGUGAUUGGAGCUAUUAAGGAGUACAAGCUGGAAUCAGAAUAUUCAUGUGAGACUCUUAAGAAGCGUAUUGCUCAGUUGGAGCAACAAAAGGCAGGCACAAAGCGAAAGGCAACAGCUGCUGUUGCUGCUGUUGACUCGAGUUCAAAUGCUGAGAAGCAGCAGCAGUACUCCAACAAGCGGCCUCGGUCAACAAUUAAAACACCUGCUGCUGAAUCUCAGUCUUGUGUCCCCCUUGUUCAAAACCAGUCUCAGUUGGGAUUGAUACACAAUGCUCCAUACAUGGGAUCGGCUGGGUUGUAUGCCCGUCCUAUCUCUGGAGAUUUUUAUGGUCAUCCAGGCCCAAGUAUAUCUGGAACUCACUUGGGGCUGCAUUCAGGCUCAAGCGUACCUGCAGCUUCUUUGGGUCUGGGGGGAAACCAUUUGCGAAGGUCAUAUCUUUACCCAUCGGAGUCCCUUGCUGGCUCCAGCCUAUAUGAUAGGCCAGCUACCUAUGGUGGUCGCCCUCUUUCUCCUUAUGGCUCCUCUCUUUACCCGUAUGAUAUGGGGAUGAAUAUGUGAUUUUGAAUGGCAAUAUUUCUUGCCCAGCUGCCUACAGAGUGAAAAAAUAUUAGUAGCAUGGUGAUCUUCUUAACUGCAAUUUUCAGAUACAAUCAAACUUUAUGUUAUUGGAUAAGUUUUGAGAUGUUAAUUCUAUUUAGUAUUUUGAUUUGUCCUA